GUUUUCCAAUCUUGCAGAUGGCAAUUUGUUCUCGUCAUUUCCUGUGGGAAAAAGUUUCAAUUUAGAUCUAGGUCAAGACUAAUACUUUUGAUUUUAAAUAAAGAUUUUUUGAUCCAUAAAAGUAGAACUAAUUAGUUCAAAGGUGUCGUAUCUUUUAUCAUGGUCAAUCGAAAACUAAAUCGAAAUGGUCACGUGCUAUUGAUUCUGAUGACCCUUGAACUAGGAAGCCAUUCACAAGAAGAACAAGAAGAAACGUCACAAGAUGAGAUAAUCAAUGUCCACAUCAGGAAGAAUUCAUAUUACAACAUUAGCCGAAGUUUUUUAAAUCUUGGAUUUCCGCAUCUCUUCUUCAAGUGGUCCAAAUUCCCAAUGAAGUCACCGCAAGCCCUCAGUCUGUCUCUUGCCUUGCCUGAUACAAUCAUACGCAUCUAUGGCACUCCAAUCUUCACCCCUGAAGACGAGGUAUAUUUCGCAGAAAGAAAUAAUGAAGAUUGGGAAAUAAAGCGGCGGAAGAAAAAAAGAGAAGAUAAUAGAGAGGACGAAACAGAUGAGAAUAUUACUGAGAAAGUGAAUGGCUCACACGCCCAGCUAGUGGGACAUAAACCACGCGAACUUAUACUGACCAAAACCGUAUGGCAAGAAGUCGUGGAAUUCGCUACAACAGUCAAAUGGGACUUCAUGUUUGGCUUUACUGCCUUCAGUCACAUCAAUGGUGUCUGGGACACAAGAUACGCCAUUACAUUUCUGGAAUGGUGCUCCAAAGAAAAAAUACCCAUACCCGAAUUUCAACUAGGAAACGAACCAAAUCUUUACGCCAAAUACUUGAAUAUCAAUGGUAGUACCGUAGCCAACGAUUUCUCUGUGUUUCGAAAUCUGUUGAAAAGAUUUCCAUUCUAUAAUUCAAGCAAGAUCAUUGGUCCAGAUGUAACUCGCUUUAAUGCGUCCAAGAAAUAUUUCGAAAGUUUUUUAAAAGCCAAUGGAUGUGAUUACGUGGACGAGAUCGCUUUCCAUCAUUAUUACUUCAAAGACGACGCCAAGUUUGAAAACUUCAUGGAUGUCAAGCUACUGAAUAAUUACAAAGUGCACCUAGAAGUGGGGAAAGAGUUAAUGGAAAAGUACAACUGUAGUAAACCUUUACGCCUCACGGAAACCUCAUCAGCGUCUGGAGGUGGGGUACUUAAUCUUAGUGAUACAUUCGUGGCAGGAUUCACAUGGAUGGAUAAAUUUGGACAGUCAGCCUUGCAUAAUAUUACCAAAAUCUUCAGGCAUUCUUACUUUGGGGGAAUAUACUCUUUGGUUAAUAAAAAAUUAAAGCCUAAUCCUGAUUACUACUUGACCCUGAUGUUCAAGAGGUACGUUGAAGGCCCUGUGUUAACAGUGAAGUCCAACCGGCCACGUCAUAUCCGGAUAUACGCUAAUUGUGCCCGAGAAUAUAAACCUGGAUCUUUGGUCAUUUAUUUAAUGAAUCUGAGUGACAUGAAAGAGUACAUCAAUUUCACGUCUUUUUCUACACAAACUGUUUCUGUUUUUCGAUUUACUGCCUACGAAGAGGAUCUCCAGUCCAAGAGAGUUCUUCUAAAUGGCGAAGAGUUAGUAAUGACUGGAAGUAAUCUCCCUUACAUGAAGGAAUCUAGAGAGCUCGGCGACAGGAUACUCAUUCCGCCUUACAGCUAUAACUUUAUUUUCGUCACAGAGGCCAGAGUCAAACUGUGUAUCAAUUACUUUCAACAAGACAGCAGCAAAGACCAAAACGGCAACCAGGAUACAAAAAACACAGUAGAAGUCAACGCCACUACCGGAAAACACAACACUGACUCAGACGACGACUCAAACAAUGGUUGCCUAUCAAAGCUGAGGACAGAUGUGCCAGCUGCAGGAUCUAUUUUAAUUAUUUAUUUGAUUGUGAACAGUGUACUGCUUGUGCUUUGACCUUGACAUUGGAACCUUGACAUUCAACGAUGUUGUCUUUCUCUGGUAUUGUAUGAUGUGUCUGCAUACGAUUUACCGAUCAGAUUGUAUGUUUAAAAUCAAACGUUAUGAUAUAAAUAAAUAAAUAUAAACACAUUUCAA